AUGCCAUCUACUCCUGAAUGGGUCAAGGCCCUUAAGCCGUCGGGUCCACAGGGCUCCGAGCUGCUCCAACAGGAGCGUGCUCAAUCCAACGUGAACGUGGAGAAGCUGUCCGAAUUGCUGCACACAAAGGAAUCAUUACAGCGACAGGAAUCCCUCCUGGCCCUGUUACAGCCCGAGAAGGUCUUUGAUAAGUCGCAAAACCACACGCUCGGCCGAGUGGAGCGGCUGCAGCGGUCGUUGGCCAAGGCCAAGCGCCUCCAGCAGCUGUCUGAGCAACACAAAUGGUCAAUGGAGGAGCUCCAUGCGGCCAAUGAGUUGAUCGGAGAACCCACACCCUAUGGCUUGCACGCCAGUAUGUUCCUGGUGACCCUCCGGGAACAGGGCACCCCCGAGCAGCACAAGCUGUUCCUCGAGCGCGCUCAGAAAUACGAAAUCAUCGGCUGCUACGCACAAACCGAGUUGGGCCACGGAUCCAACGUCCGCGGUCUCGAAACCACUGCCACCUGGAACUCCAGCGAUAAGACCUUCACCAUUAACUCGCCCACAUUGACUGCCUCCAAGUGGUGGAUUGGAUCUCUCGGUCGCACCGCCAACCAUGCGGUUGUCAUGGCUCAGCUGUUUAUUGACGGCAAAAACUAUGGCCCGCACCCAUUUGUGGUGCAAGUCCGUGAUCUGGAGACCCAUCAGCCCCUGGAGAAUGUGUAUGUGGGCGAUAUUGGUCCCAAGUUUGGAUACAACACUAUGGAUAACGGAUUUUUGCUGUUCAACAAUGUCAAGGUGCCCCAUGUCAACAUGCUGGCCCGUUUCUCUUCCAUUGACAAGGACACCAACAGCUACUCCCGGCCUGCUCUUCCCUCCUUGGUCUUUGGUACUCUGACCUGGGUGCGAUCUAACAUUGUCCUCCAGGCUGGUGGAGUCCUGGCCCGUGGUGUCACCAUUGCGACCAGAUACUGUGCGGUCCGGAGACAGUUCCAGGAUCGCGAUGCGGACGCCCAUGCUGGCGAGAACCAAGUAUUGAACUACAAGAUGGUUCAGGUCCGUCUGUUACCGCUUCUGGCAUCCAUGUACGCCCUCCACUUCACUGGCCGCGGCAUGAUGCGUCUGUACGAGGAGAACCAAAGCCGCAUGAAGGCAGCCAACUCUCCCGGACAGGACUCACGCGGUGCUGGACCCGAGGAGCUCCGAGCUGGUGCGAACCUCCUGGCGGAUCUGCACGCUACCUCAUGUGGUCUCAAGGCUUUGGCCAGUACCACUGCUGGUGAGGGCUUGGAGGUCUGCCGUCGCGCAUGUGGUGGUCACGGAUACAGCAGCUACAGCGGCAUUGGCCCGUGGUACUCGGACUACCUGCCCACCCUGACCUGGGAGGGUGACAACUACAUGUUGACCCAACAGGUCGCACGUUAUCUCCUCAAGUCUGCCCGCGCCGUCUUGGCCGGCAAGCCCGCCGGUAAUGACACCAGCCAAAUCCUCCAGACAUACCUUGAUCGCCGCGACAAGGGAGCUUCCUUCGAUGUGCUCGGAGAGGACAAGGAUAUUGUGGCUGCAUUCGCCUGGCGCACGGCCCAUCUGACCUUUGAGGCUCUGAAGCACCGCGAUGCCGAGCAACGGUCCUGGAACAGCCUUCUGGUUGACUUCUGGCGCUUGUCGACCGCCCACUCCCAGUACCUCGUGGUUAAGAACUUCUACGAUGCCGUCUCCUCUCCUGAGCUCUCAACGGCCUUGGAUCCCGAGACUAAGGCGCUGAUGCACCAGCUCUUCCGCUUGUACGCGCUGCACACCCUGGAGCGUGAGGCCGCCGAGUUCUUCUCAUCCGGCGCCGUUACCGUGCGACAGAUUACCCUGACUCGCACCACCGCUGUGAUGAACCUGCUCGAUGAGAUCCGCCCACACGCUGUUCGCCUCGUCGACUCCUGGGCCAUUCCCGACUGGCAGCUUGACAGCAGUCUCGGUCGGUAUGACGGAAAGGUGUACGAGGAUCUGUUCCGUCGGGCCAGUCAGGAGAACCCCGUCAACGACCUGACCUUUGACCCAUACCCCUGGAACUCCGCCUUGCUCAAGAAUGAGCCUAAGAGCAAGCUUUAG